AUGCCAACUAAUACUGCAACAAUUGAUGACUAUGAACCAUUUAUAGAGGAUUACUCACUUUAUGUUGAUUAUGAUGCUGAGUUUAAUGUUCAAACUUCAGUUGAACAACAACCAGAAGUGGAUUAUCUAGAGAUUAUGGUGAGUGAUGAUAGUGGAGAGCCAUUCUAUUAUGAGAGUGGCCAUGGUUCUGAGGAUAGUAGAGAUGAUUAUGAUGACAAUGAGUAUAAUGUGGAUGAGUCUAACAUACAAUUUGAUGUAGAUGUAGACAUGAGUGAAUUCCAUAAUGUGGUUGAUGUAGAUGAACAUGGAAUCUUGAACAAUCAUUCAAAAGAUGAAUGGAAUGACAUGGUUGAUGAUGAUUUGGAAGUUAUUGCCACUGAUGAUUAUCAAUUUGCGGGAUUUUCAUGA